AUGAUAUUCAUCAAUACUCGACCCGUCGAUGAGAAUGCUCAAUGUGAACGAAGGCCGUCGAAAGCGCCCAGUCAUUCGGGUCAUGGUCAUCCACACGGAGAUGGUGCAGCUCAUGUACUCAGACUCUCCCUAUCGCUGAUCCUGUUCUACCUUCUCGUCUCCAUCUUCCCAGCAAUCCUCUUUUAUCCAGUUUCCCUAUUGAGCAUGUUCGUUCCAACGCUUGCUCUUUUCUUCGCGUUAUGCUCAAUUCGAGGCGACUAUCAAAGUACGCAAUGGCCCAUUCUCUUCAUUGCUCUCAUCGGAAUUCUGCUCAAAAUCGCUGCCAUUGUCGUUUAUAUCUCCUUGUUUCCUUUGAAAGACUACUCAAGAAAACCGGGACGCGGACCUCAGAGAACAGAAGCCGAGAUGAAGCACUAUCGUACAGUAUUCUACAUCAUUCUGGCUACGGUGGAAUUCUUCAUUUUGAUAAUUGGAAUUUGUCUGAAGUGGCAGUUGGUUACUCUUCAUCAGAGAGAACAAAUUCAGAAGAGAAGAUCCACAUUGGUUUCCAACCGACCUCUUAUGGAAGGCGAAUCUGCUGCAAGUGUUAGUGGCCCAAGAAGAUCUCUUCAAGUUUGA